AUGGUUGUUACAAAUCAGCACCCUCAGCCAAAACGGCACCAUACCAAUGCCUUUUUAUUUUAUAGUCAUGAACAGUUGAAGCACAAUAAAGAAGGAAACCAUCGACUAAACAAAGGGGUCAUGAAGAAUAUUGGGGAUAGGUGGAAGUUGCUUUCACAGGAUGAGAAACAGAAGUUCUUGGAUAUGGAACAGACGAGCUCGGCGCAAUAUUUUUUAGACAAGGCUGGACUACCAAAAAAAGCUCGACAGAGGAGAAUCCAAACAAGAAUUUCUCUGGGAUCAAUUGUGCUAAUAGUCAAUAAAUUGAACGAACAACAACGACAGGCGGUGACCGCAAUUGGAUUGGGAGGUUUGUUGGGGUUAAGGUGCACACGACUAAAUCUUGAGUUGUGCGAAUUCCUUGUUCAUAACUUCAAUCCCAAAUCUUGUUCUUUGGAUGUACAUGAUCGUCAAAUUAACCUCACAUUGAAAGACGUUAGUGAUAUAUUGGGAGUACGAUCCAACGGCUGUGACAUUGACGUACGGGGAUCUCUUGAAGGAAUGGAGAGUUUGCAUGAAAGUGUUGGAGUGGUCAAUGGGGUAAUUCCUUUAGAUGGAUUAAGAAAGUAUCUCGAAGACGAAAAGACCGUUGAUGCUGGAGAUGAGUUCAAGCGGAAAUUCGCUUUAUAUGCAUUAGGUGCACUUUUAUGCCCAACCACGAAAGUAUCCCUGAAUGUUUCUUCCCUUCAUUUCGUGAAGGAUGUUGAAGUCAUGAAGAAUUGCAAUUGGGGGAAAUUAACAUUGCACUCCCUAGUCUGCGGCAUCAACAUUUACCAAGACGGAAAAAGGGUUAAUAUCAGUGGAUGUUUGUUUCUCCUAUUGUUGUUUUACUUGGAUAAUGUUUCUCCAACUUUCGAGAGUACAUAUGCUACUACGCGAUCGAUUCCCCGCCUGAAUGAUUGGGGUGAUUCACAACUCAAAAAGACCUUUCAACUAUUUCGAAAGUUGGGGGGAUUCCAUAAUGAGGUAGUACAUUUCAAUCACAUGCACACAUACGCAUUUUGA